AGGGUUUAAGUCAUAUAUAUAUAUAUUGUUUUAAGAAUCCGUGGGUUUUGUGUAUCAUCUACGUCCAUCAUUAUCCCAUGCCUCCUUUAAUAUAACCAGUGUUAUGUGGAAAUGUUAAGGCCUUCUUCAUUAGAUUAUUUCUAUGUGUUUUGUAUUAUUGGGAACAUUCGUCUUGACUAGUAAAUUAUGUUACAUAUAACUUAUUAAAACUUGGAAAACGCAGCUAUGUCACUUUAUCGGCUGAGAUGGGGAGGAGUGUUUUGGACGGUCACACCUUUCACCUUUGCCUCUGAGAGGGUGUGUAUUUUAAGUUACACACAGUCGCUGCACUCCGUGGGUUAGGCUCGGAUCAAAAUGGGUAAGACAGGUGGACGGGUUGACUUUGAAUGGGUCUACAACGAUCAACCUCAUACUUCGCGAAGAAAAGAAAUAUUAGCAAAGUAUCCAGAAAUCAAGGCCCUAAUGGGGCCCGACCCCCAGUUAAAGUGGGUGGUUACGGCGAUGGUUCUGACCCAGCUCCUGGCCUGCUACAUGGUCCAGGACCUCCCCUGGAAGUGGGUGUUCUUCUGGGCCUACGGCUUCGGCGGCUGUAUCAACCACUCGCUGACCCUCGCCAUCCACGACAUCUCGCACAACGUGGCCUUCGGCAACAAGCUGGCACGGCUCAACCGCUGGUUUGCCAUGUGGGCCAACCUGCCCAUUGGACUACCCUACUCGGCCUCAUUCAAGAAGUACCACAUCGACCACCACCGCUACCUGGGCGGCGAUGGCCUGGACGUAGACAUCCCCACGGACGUGGAGGGCUGGUUUUUCUGCACGCCGCUGCGGAAAGUCGCGUGGCUUUUCCUCCAGCCGCUGUUUUAUGCCCUGCGCCCCCUGGUGGUGAACCCCAAGCCGAUCUCCAGACUCGAGGUGGUGAACGCUGCCGUCCAGUUUGCCGCAGACUCCAUAAUCUUCUACCUGUGGGGACUGAAGCCGAUCGUGUACCUCAUAGCAGGGUCGAUCCUAUGCAUGGGCUUGCAUCCCAUCUCGGGACACUUCAUAGCGGAGCACUACAUGUUCCUGAAGGGCCACGAGACCUACUCUUACUACGGCUCCCUGAACAUGAUCACCUUCAACGUGGGUUACCAUAUGGAGCACCAUGACUUUCCCAGCAUACCAGGCAGUAGGUUGCCUCAGGUGAAGAAGAUUGCUGCUGAGUACUACGACUUCCUGCCGCAACACACUUCCUGGAACCAGGUGUUGUGGGACUUUGUUUUUGAUGACUGCAUAGGGCCCUAUGCCAGGAUCAAGAGGGAAUAUAAGCUUGUAAAGCAGGAGUAGUUGCCACAUCAGAACACGUUCUCCUAAAAUAUAUUGCUACCAAUUGUGAUAACGGGGCGCUAGUUUCAGACCGUUCCAGGGAACCCGACUUAAGAACACACAGGCCUAAAUUAGAAGAUGACAAAUCAUUUCUAUGGACACCUCGGCUGACGACCAAUCAUUUGUACGGACAUAAGCUAACGACCAAUAAUUUGUACGGACAUAGGCUAACGGCCAAUAAUUUGUACGGACAUAGGCUAACGACCAAUCAUUUGUACGAACAUAGGCUAACAACCAAUCGUUUGUACGGCGACCAAUCUUUUUUCAUGGACACAUUGGCUGAUGACCAAUAAUUUGCAAAAAAAACAUCAAAAUACGUUUUAGUUGGUUGGAACCAGUGACAUUAACAAUGUUCGUCAUUAAAAUCUCAGACCUUUGCUGGAAUUCUGUUUACAUUGUGGGAGGCAGUCCUCCUUCCAAAGUUCACCCGAAGGUCACGUUGCUUAUUUGCAGUGUAUGUAAGGAAAUUAGGAGGAUGUGGGGAGGUGCAGAGUUAAAAUUAGUAUUGAAAAUGUUUCUUGUGGUUAGAGGAGGUGUCUCUGCGGUAAAGAUCUGCUGUUGCUCUCCAAUAGUUUUGGUUCAGUAAAAAUAUACAUAUGAUAUUACUAAGUAUUUUUAACAGAAAUUCAUUAGACAUAAAAUACCCUAUUAUUAUUAUUAUUAUUAUUAUUACAUGGCAGAGGAUUCU